AUGGCGACAAAACCCCAUAAUCCUGAAGUUCAAGAUGAUGGUGUAUGGAUGACCGCAUCAAGCUUCACUAUCUUCACUAUGACUGCAGGUUUCGGACUGCUCGAAUCUGGACGGGUUUCUUCAAAGGACGAGGUUAAUGUGAUGGUGAAAAACGUUAUCGACGUCAUAUUCGGAGGUCUCGCCUACUGGAUGUUUGGGUACGGGUUCACAUUUGGCGAAAGCAACACAAAUCCAUUUAUUGGCGUUGGCGACUAUUUCUUCGACCCAGAACGGGAGGACAUGUCUGCCUCUGACAAGCCUGGCACAUCGUAUGCAUUGUUCCUGUUCCAGAUGAGCUUCGCCACUACAACAUCAACAAUUGUUUCAGCAGGCAUGGCGGAACGAAUUCAUCUGCAGUCCCAUUGUUUCGUUUCGUUCUUCAUCACGUUGGUGCACUCAGUGGCUGGACAUUGGGUAUGGCACCGAAGUGGCGUGUUCCGAGCGAUGGGUGUCGUGGAUUCGGCAGGCUGUAGCGCGGUCCACCUCGUUGGUGGAAUUUCGGGUCUUGUUGCGACUCUCUACCUAAGACCACGUCAAUAUCGUUUUAUGGAUAAAAGGGCUCGGCAGAUAAGCGACCCUACCAAGGCUAUCUUAGGAUUCCUUAUGAUCUGGUGGGGUUGGCUGGCAUUUAACACUGCGUCGAACUAUUCUGUGUCACGACGACAGUGGACGGAGGGAGCGAGGUCGGCCGUUGGUACAGUUAUGGCAUCUGCUGGUGGCGGAAUGAUGACGAUUUUAAUUUCGCGAUAUACAACGAAAAAAAUUCAGGUCGAUAUGUUGAUCGACGGAAUGCUAGCUUCUCUGGUAUCGAGCACAGCUGGUUGCUUAUUCUAUACACCCUGGCAAGCGACAGUUGUUGGAGCUGUCGGAUCAGCUAUGGCGUUGGUGAUUUAUCCAUUGCUGGAAAAAGCUCAAAUAGAUGAUCCAGUAGGAGUAGUGCCGGUCCAUGUCGUUGGUUCUGUUUGGGGAAUGAUCAGUCCGGCCAUCUUCAUAUGUAGAGAUUUUGGACUUGCUGACCAUCAGGUAACAAACGAGAACGACCUGUCUGGCGUGUUAUACGGUGGUGGAGUGACAUUGCUACUUUAUCAACUUGCGGCGCUAGGAGCGAUCGCGUUUUUCAGUGGAUCUUGCGCUUUUCUUAUCCUUUUUUCGCAACUGUGUCAUGUACAUAAGCUCAUGUUGUGGUUGAAUUCGAACAAAAGGAUUCCGAUCCUUCAACAUUCUCCAAUAGGACUUCGACUUUCACGUUUGGAUGAGGAACUCGGUGCUGAUCUACGAGAACAUGGUCUUGCUGGUGUGAAUGUCAUGACGUACACGAUCGAGAAAAAACUCACAGCAGAAACGCUGAGCGCUGUAUUGAUGGUUAUUGUCCGAUGGCGAGCGAAAGCGAAAUUAGGAGCGUUGAGAAGGCGUCGAAUAGCAGCUGCCGUGGGACCGUCGGAGACGGAACGAGGAAUCGAGAUGAUGCGAUUGCAGAAACGACGAGACACACUGAAUCUCGUUCGACAAGCAAUCACUCAGGCAUAA